GACAACCGGUGCAAUUUGGGAAGGAUGGGAAGAAAGAAAGUAGGGUGCCUUGAGAGAUGACAUCAUUCCUCAUUUGAAUAAAUCUCAGCCGGGGUAGUGAUUGGUUGUGAGCUGGAGAAAGUCGAGUUACUUGGCUAUUCAUCCCUUUCAAUUUCACCCCCGCGCGCAAUGCCGUGGUAAAACCCUCUCCGCCUGUCCAUCCGUCCCGGCCAGUAGAGAUUGUCUGCGUGGACUGCAAAUCGCUUUUCCUUUCUUUGGAAGGGACGUGCAUCACUUCUGAAAUCGGCGGUCGACAGAAGUUUCUUGGUAAUCUGGCUGCUGUACUUUGGCCUGUUUUUCAUCUCGUUCGGUCUCAUUUUCCAAUUUGUUACACUUUGUAUUCGAGGAUUCUGAAAGGAGUCGGAGGAUAUUGUCAAACACUGGGCGUAGCUGGAGAUCAAGCUAUAGCUAGCAACACUGCGUUGAUCAGACUCCACCAUCACCUGAGAGCAGUCACCAUCUUCAGUCUCAAGCUCUCCAGCCCUCCUCUGCAGAGACGGACAGCCAGGACUGAGGGGAGAUGAAACCGGAUGGGGUUGCCACGGCAGCGAUGGAGCCAAUGGAAGCACUGGACGCCGAUCCGGUAAACGAGCCAGUUGUGAUGGGAGAGGAGCCUGACCAGGCUGCGCCGGCACCUCAGACGGAGGGAGUUGGCCAGCAGGGAGAGAUGGGGCAGGGUGAGCCUCAUCCAGAGCCAGCCCAGGUGGCCCCCACCAAGACGGGAAACAGCAAGGCUGCAGCAGACCCAAAAGCCAAGACCAAGGCCCCCGCUGCUAAGACAAAGCCUGGGACCACCACCACAAUUAAGACGACGGCCGGACCAGGGUCUCGACCCAACACCGCUCAGAGCCGACUGACCAAUGGGGUUUCCAAGCCACAUGCCAACGGAGUGGCCAAGAAGACCACCACUGGAGCCCCAGAGAAGACCACGCCCAAGAGGCCCGUAGGCACAGCAGUUGCCCCUACCACUAAGACCACCGCCAAGGUUGGUGAGAAGAAGCCAGCGGGCACCACCCGCCCUGCAUCGGCUCCUGCUGCCACCAAUGGGGUGAAGGCCACCACAGCAACAGCAGCAAAGAAGACACCUGCCGCGCCAACUAAUGGUGUCAAAGCCACCACCACCGCUGCUAAGAAGCCCACAGCCCCCCGGCCUGUCUCUGCAGCUACCACCAAGCCCAGCACUGCCGCCGCUCCCAAGCCUGAUAGGUCUCCUGUUUCCAAGACAACCAGGCCUGCCACUGCUGCUCCAGGAUCUCGCCCUGCCUCUGCUGCAGCCAGGCCAGCCACAGCCAGCACAGCCAAGAGCUCCACAUCCACAGCCAAGCCUGGCACCCCCACGGCUAAAACCACCUCCACCUCCACCACUCCCAGACCAGCCUCUGCCAAAGCCGUCUCUACAACACCCUCAGCUGGACGGACCCCGACAUCACAGCCCUCAAAGACUCCCAUCAAGAAAGAUGUUACCAAAUCAGCCACCAAGAAGCCUGCAGCUGCUCCUCUCACUCGUACCUCACCAGCCAAGACCACCAAACCUGAGACUCCCAAAUCAGCCUCCGCAUCCAAGCCAGACUCCACCCCCAAGAAGCCGGCUGCCAGCAGCAAGGCCGCAGACACCAAGAAGACGCCAAGCAAGCCUACGCCUUCAAAGGAUGUCAGUGCUGGCCCCAAGACCCCUAGUACCAAGCCAGCAGGGAAGGCUUCCACCCCUAAGAAGACUGUGGGCAGCAACACUCCCAUGGCAGUAAAGCGUGGCCCCAAACCCACAACGGCGGCAGAGCCCGCGACUGAAACUGGUGAGACCCAGGACGCCGCUGUUGCUGCUGCCAUAGCUGCAGCUUCCUUGGCUGCUGUAGUCUCCAUGGCAACCUCGGAAGAAGCAGUGGUGGCUGCAGUCCCAGAGGAGAAGGAGACGGUGCCCCCUCAGGCCAGCCAGCCAAAGGAGGCCCCAGAGGCCUUUAUCUCUCAGCUGUCAGCUCAGCUGGACCUGGUCCACCUGGAAGAGCCAGCAGACACAGUGUCUCUCCUGGGCACCACGGUCAUGUCUCCUCCAUGCUCCCCCACCGGGCCCAUGUCCCCGGUCAGGGAGCCCCAGAAUGCCUCUGCUCUGCUGGACAUGCACGUCCAGCCAGAACCCAGGUCCCAGAGCCAGUCUGCCAUGGCUCCACAGAGUCCAGUCCAGGAGGAGGUGAUUUUCCAGCCAGACUCCUGGGCCCAGAACCAGUCUGCCAUGUCUCCACAGAGCCCGGUCCAGGAGGAGGUGAAGGUCCAGCCAGACCCCUGGGCCCAGAACCAGUCUGUCAUGUCUCCACGGAGCCCGGUCAAGGAGGAGGUGAAGGUCCAGCCAGACACCUGGGCCCAGAACCAGUCUGCCAUGUCUCCACAGAGCCCUGUCCAGGAGGAGGUGAAGGUUCAGCCAGACUCCUGGGCCCAGAACCAGUCUGCCAUGUCUCCACAGAGCCCUGUCCAGGAGGAGGUGAAGGUCCAGCCUGACUCCUGGGCCCAGAACCAGUCUGCCAUGUCUCCACAGAGCCCGGUCCAGGAGGAGGUGAAGGUCCAGCCAGACUCCUGGGCCCAGAACCAGUCUGCCAUGUCUCCACAGAGCCCUGUCCAGGAGGAGGUGAAGGUUCAGCCAGACUCCUGGGCCCAGAACCAGUCUGCCAUGUCUCCACAGAGCCCGGUCCAGGAGGAGGUGAAGGUCCAGCCAGAUGAGCAGCAGGAGGACCUCCUCAUGCCCUCCUCUUCAGCCCCUCCUGCAUUCAGCAUAAUGUCUCAGCCCAUGGAUGAGUUCACCUCAGGGGUCCUGGUCUCUCCCUCUCAGGACCAGGAGGAGGCAGUGGAGAAGGCAGAUGAGGAGAUCAACGAAGAUGAUGACAAUGAUGACAAUGAGGAAGAAGAGAGGACGGUGGGCAAGCCGACAUCACUAUUUGACAUGAGUAGCUCUCAGCCCUCUGAGGAGGCAAAGCCUGCAGGCUUUGGUGGCGCCACCAGUUGGCAUGGGGAUGACAUCUUGUCAGGGAUGGACUCUGAGGAUGUGAGCAGUAUGAGCAGCCGCCUGCAGGGGUCGUCAGAGAUGAGCAGCACCCAGCACACGGGCCUGCUGCAGGGUACCCAGAGCUCCGACGCCCUGGUAGACUCCAGCCUCAAGGGCUCAGAGGGAGAAGGGACCUUCAUGUGCUCCCUCGAUGUGGAGACCCUGGCCAACGAGGAGGAAGAUGAGGAAGAGGAUAGGAAAGUGUGCAAGCCGACAUCACUAUUUGACAUGAGUAGCUCUCAGCCCUCUGAGGAGGCAAAGCCUGCAGGCUUUGGUGGCGCCACCAGUUGGCAUGGGGAUGACAUCUUGUCAGGGAUGGACUCUGAGGAUGUGAGCAGUAUGAGCAGCCGCCUGCAGGGGUCGUCAGAGAUGAGCAGCACCCAGCACACGGGCCUGGUGCAGGGUACCCAGAGCUCCGACGCCCUGGUAGACUCCAGCCUCAAGGGCUCAGAGGGAGAAGGGACCUUCAUGUGCUCCCUCGAUGUGGAGACCCUGGCCAUCGAGGAGGAGGAAGAUGAAGAUGAGGAAGAGGAUAGGAAAGUGUGCAAGCCGUCAUCUCUGUUUGACAUGAGUAGCUCUCAGCCCUCUGAGGAGGCAAAGCCUGCAGGCUUUGGUGGCGCCACCAGUUGGCAUGGGGAUGACAUCUUGUCAGGGAUGGACUCUGAGGAUGUGAGCAGUAUGAGCAGCCGCCUGCAGGGGUCGUCAGAGAUGAGCAGCACCCAGCACACGGGCCUGCUGCAGGGUACCCAGAGCUCCGACGCCCUGGUAGACUCCAGCCUCAAGGGCUCAGAGGGAGAAGGGGCCUUCAUGUGCUCCCCCGAUGUGGAGACCCUGGCCAUCGAGGAGGAGCGAGUUGAUGUUGAUGAUAUGGACUUGAGCUCAGAGCGGGCAGUGGACCACCGGAAGGUGUGUCAGCAGGAGGAUGAGGAGGAGGAGGAUGAUGAAGAUGUGGAGAUGCCCAGCGAAGGGGUGAUGGAGAGUGGACUGGAGAGCUGUGGGAACGCAGACGAGGACGACUACACAGAGGAGGACCGCUUGGAUAACCUUAGCCGUUCACCCAUCCCACCUUCCUCAGCCUGGGGUCAGACAAACCCCUUCACUGACCCCUGGGCCCAGCCCCACCUCUCCUCCCCCCACACCGCCUCCAGCCCCCUGUCUGACCACGGGGCUGACGGCCCUGAGAUGCCCACCCAGUCCUCUGCCCAGGCCUGGUUGGAUCUCAGCGCCCCCUCUCUGAUGCUCCGGUCAGAGCAGCCCUCAGAGCCUCAGUCUGUCCCUGAGGAGAUGGAGAGCUCUGCCCCAGUGGAGGCCUCUGCUCCCCCAGGGCCCCAUGCUGUGGGCAUGUCUCAGUCCAGCACCCUGAGUGGCACGGCCCUGGCCGUCCACAGCAGCAGUGAAACCAGCACUCCCGAGGAGCUCCGUGACUAUGACAGCAGCUCUGGGGUGGAGUCACGCUCUGACAAGCAGCAGACUCCUGUGCCAUCCAAUGUGCAACCUGACCUGGAGCAGGACUUGGGCAUCCAUCUGGAGCGAGGUGACGAGGAGGAGGAGGCUGAGACGCUCCCUGCUGACGAGGUCCUGGGAGCAGGCCCUCCUACUGCCCCCGCCUCUGCCCCCUCCUCCCCCUCCACCUCGGGAGACGAGGCCAGCGACAUGGAGGGUGAGAUGCAGAUCAACGACCCAGAUGUCCCCGUCACCAUGGAUGACAGUGCUGAGUUCGACAGCCCACCGUCCGCCUGCAUCCUGCCUGCCCUGAAAGAGGAGGUGGUGGAGGUGCCAGCCGGAGAAGGAGAGGAGGACGGGGGUGGCGGCACGCCCCAGUCUGCCAACUCAGUGGCGUCUUACGGCUUUGACUGCACCAUGUCCAACUCCAACGCCCACUCCACUGCCGAGAGCUGCGGUAAGAGUCCCGGCAUCUUCUCCCUGGAGAACGAGGACCAGUUGCCCGAGGAGGCCAAGGACCCCUCCCUCAUCAAGGAGCUGACCCUGCCUGCAGCGGCCGCCCAGUCAGAGGAGCUGCUGGGAGGCCCUGUAGACCUGCUGCCCCUGGGCCAGCCUGGGGACCAGCACCACUACAUGCUGGGGGGGAAGAUGGAUGCUGACGACCUGGAGGUCAACACCCUGGAGGACACCCUCCGCCUGGGGCCCCAGCAUGCCGGGGAGGCCAGCGAGGGCCAGCCACCCUACUACUCUGCUAUAUGCGAUAAGACUGAUAGCUUUCUGGCAGGUAACGUAUAAGUCCCUACCCCUGGAAUGCACCUUCUCCCUCGCACCCCUCCCCCUUGUUGUUCUUAGUUUUUCUCUCCAGGUGGGUUAGAUGGUUUAGAAAAACAAACAAAUGAUGGUAGGAAACAAAAGGCAAGGGGAACAAAAAAGACUGUAGAUCAGUGAAGCCUCCCUCUUUCAUACUACUAUUAUGGUUAUGAAUGUAUGGCACUACUUUAUGUACAAUAGCUACUAGCUACCAUUUUCUAUUAGAAUGUUCUUUUUAAGUAACACUGCGUAACCCCUGAGGGGGUAUUGACUGACUGGUCCGUUGGGACAAAGCUCUUAAAAGAAAAGGAGGAGUAAAAGGAGAAUGGACUCUACCUACAUGUGUAUUUAUCCUACUGUUUUUACCAAACAAAUGUCAAUUAUUAUUUUUUUGUACUUGUUUAGUUGGAACCUGGUCCUCCCUCCCCUGUGUACACGCUCCAUUUGAUCCUGCACCGUAGAGAUAUCCUACUCUCUUUUUUUACAAGUUUGUCAUUUUGCUUUCAACACCAUUUUCGUAUCUAAUAAAGGCUAGAUAUUUAACAUGGCUUUCCUCCCCUUACAGUUUUCUUAAGGCCUGUAUGAGAGUGAUUGAUUUGAAGUUUGUCUAGUUUUAAUUUGCGCUGCAGGAAGUUUGCCUCUCUCCCUGCAUAGAUUAUCGUGGCAAGUAACGUUGUCAUGUACAGUGUGUUUUGAGGCAUCUGUUUUAAGUGGUCAUGCUUCAUGCCUCUCUUAGUUGAUCAUUUGUGCUUCAGAACCAACAAACAACUAUUUGUGGGAAAAAAAACCUGCAUUCCUCUGCAUUUAGAAUUGAUGCUCACUGAAAACGCUUUUCUCACUGAAACGCUUUUAGUGAUAUUGGAUAUUUCAACUUGCAUGUACUAACAUUGAAAUUGUAUCUGAUUAAACCAUUAUACACUAGGGAUGUUCAUAAAUGAAUGGUUCAUGCUAAGUAGGUUUUUCAAAAUUCCAUUAAACAUCAUUGCGAGGCA